AUGGAUCCAUACGGAAUAGCAAUAGCGGUGUGUUCUGCUAUUUCACUUGUGAUUUUGAUUCCACCUCUUAUUUUUCAUAUUCGCAAACGAAACAUUCCUACAAUAUGCUUACUCACAUUUCUCUUACUAGAGGCAUUCAACUCGGUGGUUUGUGCAUGUAUCUGGAGUGAUGAAAACUUUUACAAAAAAUGGGAUGGAAAAGGUUACUGCGAUGUCUUUCAAAAAAUAAAAGCGGGUUCUUCUAGUGGUAAAGUUGCGGCAGUCGCAGCUCUCUCAUUAGAUCUUUAUAUGAUCUUACAAGCGAAGAACCACAAAUAUUUGGCUAAAGGGUCCAGAGUAAAACUUAUUACUGAGCUUUCAAUCUGUCUCAUCACACCCAUCUUCUGUAUGGCGACAAACUACAUUGUUCAGACUUCCCGGUUUGUAAUAGUUAGGUACGUUGGCUGCUAUGGAUUUUACAGUGGUUCGGUCCUCACCAUCUUUUUGGUGUCAAUAUGGAACUUGCUUUGGGCAGUGGUGGCAGUGGUGCUUGUGCUUCUUACCGGAAUAACUUAUUAUAGGCGGCGGAAGGAUGUAAAGGAUCUUCUUCAUUGCACAAACUCUGGACUUAGCGUGCGCCGGUUCACAAGAAUUUUGGUAUUUAUUGCCCUGGUAAUCACCAUAUUGGUUCCCAUGGUGAUUUACACCUUUGUCCGCGAUGCUGAGUUUUAUCAUGGUCCAUACAACUGGAAAUUUACCCAUGAAUACUUCAAUUACCCCAUUCAAUUUUAUGCUGCGGCACCUGACGUCACAGUUAGCAUUUGGCUCAACUUUGCAAUCUGCGUAAUUUCAUUCUUGCUUUUUGGACUUGGACAAGAUGCAAUUCAAAUGUACAAAUCGUUCAUUCCUCAGAAAGUUCGGGAUCACUUCAAUUCUCAUGAAAUCAAGGAGCAGGUUCUCCAGGUCGGAUAUUCUGAACAAUGGGAAGGUGCCAAUACCGGCACUUCCUAUGGCACAACUAUAGGCAACAGCGAGAUCUUGAUGAAAGAUGGAUUUUAUGAGGAUCAAAUUGAGCUUGAAUCGGUUCAUUCUCUCUCGAAUUUGAGCAAAGACCUCGAAUCCAUACUCCGAGAUGUGGAAAACGAUAAAUAA